AUGCCAUCUGAUUAUGAAUUAUUUAAUCAAUUCAAAGUGCAAUGUAAUGAACAAUCUAUUGCUGCGAGUUCCGGUGUAAGUAUUAACCCUGUUUCGGUCUGUCAGAAAAUAUACCAGCCGUUGAGGUCAAUGCAACCUGCUCAUGCAGCUCAGCUGUAUCCUACUUCCAGUUACAUUGCUAGUACAAGCAAUAUGAGAACACCACAAGACUAUUCUUUGAGCAUAAAUUAUACAAAUUAUCACAACUACACGUCUUCCUCUAUAACGCAAUCAAAUACUACUACUGUGCGUGGUAUUGGACAAGCCAUUCCAGCUUACUGGAUGCCAGUAUCGUUAAAGCCAAACAGACGUUCAGUCCCUAGAAGGCCUAUACUUUCAUUUGGUCCUGAUGGUGAAGGUGAGGGUCGAGUUUCUAGACCGUGGGGAUUUUGA